AUGACUGGAUUCGAUAGGUUUUUCGCCUUUAAGCAGUAUAAUGCGAGUUGGCGCCAGCAUCGCAAGAUGAUGCAUCAGUCUCUCGGUACGGAAAAGCUGUCGGCACAAUUUGAUAGUGUCCAAAAUCUGGAAUCACGACGACUCCUUCUACGAAUACUGGCUGAACCAAGAAACCUUGUUCAACAUUUUAAAACCCAAGCCGCCGCAAUCAUCCUACGCAUAACAUAUGGCUACGCCAUUGAGCCUCACAGCUCGGAUCCCUUGGUUAGCAUAAUUGAGCAGAUGAUGGAUAACUUGUCCAAGACUUUCGUACCGCUUUCAUGGGUAGUCGAUAUAAUGCCCGCGCUAAGAUUUCUACCUAGCUACAUGCCUGGCAUAUCAUUCAAGGCUACGGCCAGACGAUGGAACGCAAUCAAUGAUUUGGUUACUCGCGUACCAUAUUUAUUUGUACAGAAUCAAAUGCUCAAAGAGAACUGCCGUCUAUCCCUCGUCUCAAAUUUUCUCAAGGACCGCAUGGAAAGGGGCGGAGAAGCAAAUAUCGACCACGACACUGAGAAAGCUAUCAUGUCAGUAGCUGGACAAAUCUACGGAGCCGCUGCAGAUACUACCAUAUCCAUCCUGAGCGCCUUUGUCCUGGCCAUGGUAAUGUUUCCAGAGGUCCAACGAAAGGCACAGAAGGAGAUGGAUACCAUGAUUGGAAGUCGACUUCCCGAGUUUAAAGACCGGGAAUGCCUGCCAUAUGUUGCGGCAGUUAUCAAGGAGGCUAUGCGAUGGUUUCCGAUUACGCCAAUAAAUGUGCCUCAUGCGGCUAAUACCGAGAUUCAUUAUAAAGGAUAUCGUAUCCCCAAAGGAUCAUGUAUAAUUGCCUCGAACUGGUGGCUGCUUCGUGAUCCUGCGACAUACCACGAUCCAGAUUCAUUCACCCCUGAGCGGUUUCUCAUACGAAACGAGCCUGAUCCUGCGGCUGUCGUAUUUGGCUUUGGACGCAGAAUCUGCCCCGGUCGAUUUUUCGCUGACAGAAGCUUGUUUUUGACAAUAUCACGCAUAUUAGCAAUAUUUACUAUUAGCAAGGAAGUAGGAGAGGCUAGGCUUAAACUCACCCCUGGAUUGAUUGCGCACCCAGAAGAGUUUCCGUUUAAGAUUGCGCCUAGGACUCAAUUACAUGCUGAACUAGUUAAGGAUAUAGAGAAGAACAGCCCGUGGGAGAAAGGAGAUGCUGGGCUCCUUGCAAUUCAAUAA